ACUGCGGAUACCCGCAUCAAAAAGCUGGGGGGAUUCUUUUUUUCUUACGCGGGUUGGCUAAGCCGAGGGUACACAUCUAUUUAUAGACCUCAUAGUAGCCAUUUUCUCGGCAUUAGUUUUUUGUGUUUAUUUUACGUUGAGGGUUCAUUUGUGUUUUCGCACGCGGUCGACGUCGUCGCCGGCACGAGCCUUUUUUAAUCCCCUCCUCACCAUAUAGGUUUUCGCUUUUUAAAUGGAAGAUAUCUUCUCCCGUACUGCAAGAGUAGCACGCUGCUGCCCCUCCGCUCUCCAUCUCCUCUUCCAUCGGCGAGGGAAACAUUGAGCAUCUGCAUACAGGCCCUGCAUGGAGGUCUCCAAGGCUCAGUAGGUCCGCAAGGGACGAGGUGUACUGUCUGUGCAUGUAUAUGCUGCACCUAUAGCAGGUUAGGAGGACGUCGGAGCCAAGUGCAUUCGCGCCCAGGACCGAGGACAGCUCCGAUCCAGCGCGCAGCGACGCGGAGACUGGGGGGGGGAUUGGGGGGGAUUUGGACCACGGCGCUGCAGGUUUCCAAGUGGAAGGAUAUUAAUCACGUUUGCCCACCUGCCAUGGGUCAGUGUGUGUGAUUUUCUACAUGCACUCGCCGGGAGAGCUCUACUCGUUUAGAGGUCAGGCCUCCUGCAGCUGAAAACCUGCGGCUAUACUUCCCCACCUCCGCCACCGGACACACCUACUCCGUCCCUCCCCACCUACUCUGGCCUCUCCUCUUUGGUCUCCCCCCCCCCCCCCCACCCCCACCGUUCCUGGUUGUACUAUUAGUUUAGUUUCUUCUGCCCAACCCCUCGCUGGCAUCCCUCCUGGGUCACCAUGGGAACGGUGCUGUCGCUGUCCCCCGGCUACCGCAAGGCGGCGCUGUUCGAGGACGGGCCGGCCACGGUGGGCCACUACACGGCCGUGCAGAACAGCAAGAACGCCAAGGACCCGACGGCCGCCAAGGGCCUGAAGCGGCCGUCCAUCAUCAGCUCGUUGCCAUGGAAACGCAUCGUGGCCGCCUCGUCCAAGCGGAAAGGCUCCAAGAAGCUGCCGUCGGAGGGCGGCGGCGGCGGCGGGGACGGGGGCAAGGAGGGUGGGGCCUCGCCCGAGGCCGCCGCCGCCGCCGCCGCCGCCGCCUCCGGGAGCAUGAGGCUGAAGAAGUCCCAGUCGUGCGCCAACCUGUCGUCGUACACCUCGGGGCAGGACGGCGUGGCGCUGGCGGUCGCGGGCGCUAACGGCGCCGCCGGUGCUACCACCACCACCACCACCACCGUCGCCGCCGGCGGCGGCACCCACAACAACACUACCUCCUUCCACAUACCCGCCUCCCGCACCCUGGCCAACGUGUCCUCCCUCCUGGGCAAGAAGAGCUCCCUGACCGGGCCCGGGACGCAGGUGUCCAACGCCACCGGCACGCCCAAACGGGUCAUCGUACAGGCCUCCACCAGCGAGCUGAUGCGCAGCCUGGGCGAGUUCCUGUGCCGGCGCUGCUACCGUCUGAAGCGCCUCUCCCCCACCGACCCCGUGCUCUGGCUGCGCUCCGUGGACCGCUCCCUGCUGCUGCAGGGCUGGCAGGACCAGGGCUUCAUCACGCCCGCCAACGUGGUCUUCCUCUACAUGCUGUGCCGCGACGUGGUCUCCUCGGAGGUGGCGUCGGAGCGCGAGCUGCAGGCCUCGCUGCUCACCUGCCUCUACCUGUCCUACUCCUACAUGGGCAACGAGAUCUCCUACCCGCUCAAGCCCUUCCUGGUGGAGGCGGAGAAGGAGGCCUUCUGGGACCGCUGCCUGGACAUCAUCGGGCGCAUGAGCGGCAAGAUGCUGCAGAUCAACACCGACCCGCACUACUUCACCCAGGUGUUCGCCGACCUGAAGAACGAGAGCAAGAAGGAGGAGGAGAAGACCCGCCUGCUCAUCGGGCUCGACCGAUAAGUGGGGGUUUAGGGGGGGGGGGG